UUUUUUUUUGAUGGAUUUUCUGUAUCACAUAUAAUAUAAAAUCUAUUUCAAAUGGCGAUUCUUCUUUCUUUUUUUUGACUAGUGGUUUUAAAAUUGUGCCCCGAUAAAUAUUAACUUUAUAACUUUUUUUUUCUUCCUUUUCUUCUUUAUUUUCCUUUUUAUAUCUGAACUUUCUUUUAUUACAUAUUUACCCACUUGGUAUCACCUCUUUUUUUUUUAUCAUCCAUUCCUAUCAUCUUUUUCUUUUCCUUCUUCCCCUCUCUCCUCUCCUUUCCAUUCCUUUUUGUUAUUCUUAUUAUCUUAGUCUUUCGUUUUUUUUUUUUUUACUUCAUCUCUACUUUGUUAACUUCAUGCGGGAAGCAACUACCAAACUAAUUCAAGUUCUUGUAUUUAUCUAUGCAUUUAUUUCCGUCAUAUAUACAGUAAAGUACUUUUAUUCAUCAUAUCAUUCACAACAAGAUGGAAUAGCACCUUAUUAUAACCAUCACGAAGCACAAGCACAAGAAUUACAAUCAACAAAGAAUAAUGAUGUUAUUACUAACAACUCGGAAAAGGACGCUACAGUGGUAUGGCAUGGGUCUCAAUCAACUAUGCGAGAAACUUUCAUCAUGUCCAAAAUCUUUGCUGAUGCUAUGCAACCUUCUCAACUGACACCCUAUUAUUACAAGGCCAAGACAAUAAAGAUGACGGAUAUUACCAUGGCAACUUUAGUCACCAGAGAUCGUUUCCCAGUACUUAGUCGACUAGCCAGCAAUUACAAAGGACCCAUCUCGGCGGCCAUUCAUAUCAACGAUGAUGAAGAAAAGGAAGCCACUUUACAAGAUUUAGCAACCGUCUAUAAAACAAAUCCGGAUAUGCAAAAAUACGUGGAUGUGCAUUUGGUGGUGGAUACUUUUGAUCGACAAUUCAAUUUAUGGCGCAAUGUGGCCAAACUGUUUGCUCGAACUGACUAUGUCAUGAUGUUGGAUGUAGAUUUCCAUUUGUGUACCAAUCUUCAAUCGUUACGUGAAAAUCCUGAACGACUUGAAUAUUACAUGAAUCGUGCGAAUGGCCGUGUGGCUUUGGUCGUGCCUGCAUUUGAAUAUGUAGCUCAAGCAGAUGGUGUGGAUUACAAGACGUUCCCGACAACAAAACAAGCUUUAUUGGACGAAAUGAGACAAGGCAAGAUUGAUAUGUUUCACAAGGGUUGGAAAAAGGGCCAUGGCGCGACGGAUUAUGAGCGAUGGUAUACAACCAAUGAAUCCUAUGUGGUGACGGAUUAUGACUUUUCCUAUGAACCUUACAUUAUCUAUCCCAAAGAAGGUACACCUUGGUGCGAUGAACGAUUCAUUGGUUAUGGUGCAAACAAGGCGGCAUGUUUAUUUGAAAUCUAUUUAUCUGGCAUGGAAUAUACCGUAUUACCUGACGACUUUUUGAUUCAUCAAACUCACAAAUAUCCGGAAAAGACAAGACGUAAGGAACGACAAUACAAUCGCACUUUGUACAGCAAUUUCCGUGAAGAACUGUGUCUUCGUUAUGCUCGAAUGUUUAUGGCCUCGGGUGAAUGGGACUCUGGUCGUGCUGACAAUUUGAAGAAGGAAUGUGCAAAGAAUCGUGGUUAUAGAACUGCAAUGAAAUCUAUCCUAUAGUGUGUGUUAUUAUAUAUUUAUUUAUUUUUCUUUAUAUAGUUUAUUUAUCCCAUUCAUUCUCUUUUAGACUUUUUUUUAUAUACAUCCAACAUCUUUUUCAUCAUCCUCCCCC